AUGUCUAACACCGCUGAAACCGACUCGUCACCAGACCAGGUAAACGAAAUGGUGCCACUUGAAGAUCUAGAAGCCUCCCCUCAAAAGCACGUAUGUCUAGACCCAGUCACUUCUCAAUGUGCCAUGCAAGUGAUGGAAGAUUCUGACGACACUGAAGAUUUUGAAGACGAGACUGGAGAGUUUGAAGACGACAAAACUGAAGAAGACGAAAGUGAAGAAAAAGCCCAGGAAGCAAAAUCGCAAGUCUCCCCAGAAACCAUCUGUGACGUUACAGCAGUGCAGCAGGUGAUGGUUGGAACACCUAAAGAUGAUAACCAGAGGUCCACCGAAAAUCCCAAGAGAAGUGAAACCGACUUGCCACCCACCGAGGUAGCCAAUAUAGUGCCACCUAUUUUCGAAAAUGCAGAUGCUAAUAUCAAUCGGAUUUGGUCAGAGAACCCAUCCACUAACAAGAAUGACCCGCAAAUGAAGAAGGAUCCCGACUACGAGGAUGGAAGUCUCAAAGAAAACGACCAGAAUGGAGACGCCAACGUCGAAGAAGGCAGCGAAGCUGACAUGAACGAAAAGGUCUAUGAGCAAAUUGGUGACGCCGAUGACGAGGCUUCACCGUUGGUUUCAAAAGAGGUUGUCCCAGAAGACGUGACCAUUGGUACUGAUGGAACAGGAGCAGUGGAACAGGAGAGCUACUUCGUUCUCGACACCGACCCAGCCCAGCAAAGCAACAGCAAUCAAGAAGGCGGCAGUCAGGAGACAAAUGCAUUCACUGCGGAUCCUGAAGAUGCCUGGGAGAGAUUGACCCGUUUAAUGAAAUAUACAUCUGUUUUUGCAGCGGCAGUUGGACUUAUGUUCGUGUUUAUCAUCCUUAACGCUUUAAGUAUCAGGGGCGAAUGGAGAGAUCUGGGCUUCAAGUUGGCUUUUGGUGUUGUUUGCCAUGGGAAGCAGAUAGGCCAUUGCGUUUCUUUUCAAGCGUUGAAAUCCGCUUCUGUUCAGAAGGAGAUUUGUGAGAAACACUCUCGGAAGGUUUGCCUGGAGAAACAGAAAUCUGUUUGGAAAGCUUCGAGAGAUGUCCUAUGGCAACACAACGUGGACGUUGAGGCUCUCGGAUUGCCAAGUCCAACCCCUGAAGGCUCACAGACCAACGAAGAAAUUUCACCACAAGAUUUGGAGGCCCUUUCACCUGAAUAUUGGGAAUGUGAGUUGCGACGGGAUGGCGAUUAUGCUCAUUACUGUAAGUAUGCCGAGGAGCAAACCGAGCCUAUUCAAAAGCUCGAAGGGAUGCUUCUAGGCCUAACUUCAGCGUUAUUUGUUUUGCAGUUGUUUGCGCUCUGUACCACACGGGGUGAUAGGCCUCUUCGUUGGUUCAAAUGCUCUCUUGUGUUUGCUUUCUGGUACUUUAUGCUCACCUGUUAUGCCAUCUCCUUUAUUGCCAUGGAACCUGAGCCCCACGCAGGCAAUUGGGUGCCUGAGGCGGUAAAAUGGGGAUUAAUUUGGUUGUUUGCUGGGGGAGCUAUAUGUCUUGCUUGA